UCUUUGCGCUAUGCUCGCACCCUCCCCCCAUAUCCCGCCCCUCAAGUGUCGUCGGCUGCGGUUCCUCCCCCAACUUCUUCUGCGCUACGUGCUCUGCCCUCUCCCCCCUGGGGUUUCUGCGCUCGGAAUCCAGAAGGGGAGGCCUUCCUGGUAGCUUUUGGUGACUCCAGUGAGACUCAGAUUUGUCUCUGCUAGAAUCUUGCAAUGACAAUUUUUGACGACGAUGAUGAUGCGGAGCCACAACUGAAGGUCGUUGACAACUACUAUUUUGAGAAAGCCAAGAACGAGUUUGUUUGUUUCAGCACCUUGCCCCUUAAGUUUGAUGAGAAUGAUAAAGUCUCCGGGAAGGGUAUCUACUUGCGUCGAUAUCCCGCAGAUGGCGCCCCUGCAGUAUACAAGCAGGUUGUAGCUUGGACAGUAGCACUUAACCGUGAGCAGCCAAAGAUCUCAGUGCUUUCAAGUGAGGGCUAUUGGAUAGAAUUGGAUCUAUUGAAACCACGGAAAAUCUAUUGGAAGUUUGCUCGAUCAGCAUUAACGACAGUUCAAAUGCUCCACUUUGUCAAAAGGCAACCCAGAAAACUGAUGAUAAGUCUUUCUGUUCACCUCCGUGAAGUAUUCAGUAAAUUUGAAACGGAAGAGAUGGAGGAUGCUUUAGGGAAACACCAUCACAUAAUCAAGCGAUGUGCAGAGAGGGAUCCUGCUUUAAUGAGGUCAAAGAUUCUGCAAAGCUUUAUCAAGGACACUUCUGGGAAAUACUUUGAGGACAUAUUAAGGAGUCUGAGCACCAAGGAGUCAUUCAUUGUUGUUGCUGAGCCUCUUGCAAGUGGGGGUAAAGGCAAUUGCGAUACAUAUAGUGAUGGUAACAUAAUCGGUGAUGAUGGUGAUGGUACUGAGCCAAUAUGUGCAAUAUGUGACGAAGGAGGAGAAUUACUUAGCUGUAAAGGUCGAUGCAAGAGAGCCUUCCAUCCUACAAUAGAAGCUGGCAGAAAGUCUAAAUGUGUAACACUUGGUUACACUGCUGUCCAAGUAAAGGAAAUGAAUAAGUUCAUAUGCGAAAACUGUAGAUAUGAACAACACCAAUGUUUCAAAUGCGGAGAACUCGACUCGUCUCAUGAGCCUAAUGCCAAGGUCUUUCAAUGUUGUAAACUGUUUUGUGGCCACUUCUACCACCCCAAGUGUGCUGCAGAAUUACUUCAGUCUCACAGUAAUGGAGCCUGUGAGUUGGAGAACAAGAUUGCAGCUGGGAUGCCAUUUCCGUGUCCUGUACAUUGGUGCUCCAGACCUGAUUGUAAAAUAAUGGAGGAAGGGACUGAAAGAGCAAUGUGGCUUGCUGGCUGCAGACGUUGUCCAAGGUCAUAUCACUUAGAUUGUUUGCCAAGGGAGAUAUGCUUUAAGUAUGGUAACGGACGUAUACGUGCUUGGUUUCUAUCGGAAAGAAACCUAUCUAAAAGACUCAUCAUUUACUGCACAGACCAUGAGAUAGACCCAGCUAUGGGAACACCUUGCAGGGAUCAUAUAAAGUUCCCUGCUCUUCUAGAAAACAAAGGUCACGGUUCAACAGAAUCCACAAAGUUUCAGCACUCUGAGGAUUAUAUAUGUUCACCUUGUCCUUUACAAAGGAAGGCAAACGCUACAAAAGUAGAGGAAAUUAGAGAAAGGCUUGAGAAGAAGAGAAGGCUGCAGCACAACAAAGAGAUGGGUUCGAGAUUGUCUAUAGAAGGAAAUAAAAACAUCAAGAGAGAUUCAACAUAUGUUUUGUUGGGAUCAUCUCACAAGGCAUCUAGAGGAAACCAUUGUGUAGAAUUUUGAUGAUGGUCCCGAGGACUUUGAAGAUUCUGCCAAACCAGAUGAUUUUGAUGCUUAUGGAUCUGCUGCCAAUCAUGGUGCCCAAGCCAUAGGCCAGGUGCUUCCUCAGUUUUCCACUUUCUCAGGUCGGACCCCUAACUGGAACAAAUAUGCGAUCUUUCUUAGUACAACUAUAGUUUAAUCUGCCACAUUCCACUAAAUAUUAUUUUCCAGCCCCUGAUAUGGGUCUUCUAUUACUCAUCUAAUGUUCUUCCAGGGAAAAGCUAAUCAUCUGCUAAUGCCUUCUUAUUGACAAACUUAAAGUAGUGUUAAAUGGAUACAAGGCUAAUAGAUUGUUUUAUGCAGGUAGGUUUACCUAAAUCAAAUAUGUGUUUUGUUCUAUUCUUUUUUACCACAUGUCAAACAUUUGCUCAGUAAGAAAAUCAUAUCUAACUUCUAUUGUUAGAAAGUUCUGGUUGACAGCAAUUCAGAAAAACCAUUCAUCUAAACCUUCAUAUCAGCGAUCUUCAAAUUGGCACAUUUGAAAAGCAAAAAAUGCUCUACGCCUCUACCCAAGUCUGCCUUCUGUGCCUCUGUUCUUAAAGUUUUACCCGACAUUAUUGAAUCUUCAGGAAUGCAAAUUGCUGAUGGAAAGUGAAGCUUAUGUCAACAUCAUUGUGUCCUGGUUGCCCUAGCACUACAAAAUAUCUACGGUUUGAUGGUUCUAAAAGUUGGGGUAUCGACAAAAUUUCUAAUUCUGCUUAUUAAUAAGUUAUGCAGAUACCUAUUAAUCUAUUAUUAAUGCUAACUUCGAUGAUGAAAUGUGCUGGAAACAUACUCCUUAUGCUCAAUGCUCCUCGAAAAGUGCAUACAAAACAUCUGUGCAGGAGCCAUGGCUGGAAUCCGCGCAUCUACUUGUGGUCCUUCGUAUCAAGAAAAUCAUAGUCCUAAUGCAUCUUGGAAGGACAAAACCAUCCCUCGAGCCCUUCUGCAUGGAGACUUAUAAGGUCGGGUUUAGCAACUGGUAAGAGAGCAUCUAAACAUAUUUUGAAAGGAUGCAUCCUAUCCGAUGCCUCCGUGAAUCAGAUGCUCAUAUGUUCCAUUGCCCCUUUGCUAGAUCAGUCUGGUUCUCUUAUCUAGGCUUUAGAUCAGAUGUUUUUGCUCCUGGCGCCUCUAUAUUUCCUCCAUGCUUAAUUCUAAUCAUCCUGGUAUCUCCGUUGCUAAAUCAUUUCCAUGCUCUCAUUUUUGGAAAGCCAGGAGUGAUUUGCUUCUUAAUUAAACAAGCUGGUCCAUUGUGCAGGUUCUUCAUGCUUCCUCAGCUAUUCUCUCCUGUAGCUCUGAUAUUGCUGAUUCUUGUCGGUCCUGUUGGCUUUAAUCUUGAUUCCAUGUAUCUGCAUUUUAGUUUGAUUUCGUACAUGCAUGUGGUCUAGGGCAUUGUAUCCAGGUUGAACUUCACUUGAGCGUACAGGAGGUGGGAUGCCGAGCUAGCCGUGCGAUGCGGCCGGAGUGCAAGGCGUGAUGGCAUGCAACAGUGUCGUGUGACGUGACAUGUUACGAGGAGGUGGAGCGUGACAACGUGUGUGAUCCAGUCCUAGAGCCAACGUCCUGCAGUGUUCCCAGACGAGUGAAUAGUUGAAGCGUCAGUUAGUUGGUUAGUUCGUGGAGCUUGUUAUCCAGUCAUGUGCAUGUGCAUGUUGGUCAUUGUGUCAUUGUGUUGGAGUAUGGCGUGCGUUUGCCGGUAGUGGUCUGAGAUGGGCUGCUAUAUAUUCUGUAAUCAUCAUACUUAUUUGAAGAGGCAGAAAGAAAAGGUCGAGCUGCGAGAGGCAGCAUGACGCCAAAA